AUGAGCACUCAAACUCUAUCGUACGUCACUACCGACGUCUUUACCAGCACUCGCUAUGAAGGCAAUCCCUUAGCCAUCAUCCGCAUGCCAACAGCUCAACCGCUGGAACAAGAUCAGAAGCAGAAGAUUGCUAGGGAAUUCAAUUUCUCUGAGACAGUCAUACUCCACGAAAAUGAGGAAAGCUACAAGAAGCUGGAAUGGGUCUUUGACAUCUUCUUGACGACCCGAGAGAUCCCAUUCGCUGGCCACCCGACCAUCGGAACAAUUGUUUAUCUAGGAAAAGUCCUCGAAAAUUCGGGCGCCAGCGGGGUGAUCAACGGGACCUUGCUGGCCAAGGCAGGACGGCUUCCGUUCACAUACGACACACGCAGCGAAGUUGCGACGGCUGAAGUUCCAAAUGACAGCCAUGUCCAUCAAAAGGUACUCGAGCCGCAAGCCCUUCGAAAUCUCGGCGUUCGAAGCGAAGUAUUCGAUUACAUGACCGGCCCUGCUGCCGUCGUGUCGAUUGUCAAGGGAAUGACUUUUGGUCUCACCGAGCUCUCGUCGUUGAAUGCUCUUGGUUAUGUGGCAGCGGGUUACCAGAAGCUAGGAACCGAGGGGAUGGACCCGGAAUACGCUUUGGACGGGCCCUGUGGGCUGUUGUUCUAUCACAUUACAGAGAAGAAUGAAUCUGUGACGAAGAUUCGCUCUAGGAUGAUUUUGGGGACUAUAGAGGAUCCGGCCACGGGCUCAGCCUCAUCGGCCCUAGGCGUAUGGCUUGCACUUCAAGCCUCUAGGUCCCGUGAUGCAGGAGAGAAGGUGCACAGGUUCGAGAUAACACAAGGAGUUGAAAUGGGACGUCAAAGUGUUAUAGGUGUGGAGAUCACCCUCGAUGACAAAGGGACCGUGGAGAAAGUCGCCCUCAGUGGGACAUCAGUCGAGGUUAUGCGAGGAUCUUUGGGAGUUCCAUAG